AAAGUUCCAAGAUUCUGAGCCAGGAUUUCCAAUGAAUGAAGAGAAGGAAGAAGUGAGAUUACCUGUCAAGUUUAUAGUCAACAAAGAUAAGACCAAGGUACUAUUUGCAGAAGCCGGCCACGAUUUCACAGAUGCGUUGUUAAGCUUCCUAGUUUUGCCAUUGGGGACGAUCAUGAAGAUCUUGAAGAAGCACAAGGCGCCCGUUAUAGGAAGCUUGAGCACUUUGUACAACGGCUUAGUGAAUCUCGACACCUUCCAUUUCUCAACCGAGGAUGCUAAGAACUUGCUGCUUAAUCCGAAAAGCCUUGAUGCAGGCGAACAUCCUCGAUUUGAUCGGGCCUUCACUAAAGCUAGAGCUUGCUUCAUCAUCGGUGAUGAUCUGAAGGUGAUGCGUAGUGUGGAAGGCUCUAUCAUGUCUACUCUCAACCGUCUUGGCGUUGCAAUGACGGAGAUGGAUGAGGCCGAGACUUGGAAUCUAAAGUUCGGAUACAAAGAGAUGAUGGCUUUACUGAGGAUGAUGUUUGUUUCCCGGAAACCACUGACCGCCCUGCUCUGUGGGCACAAGAGCACCCGAGGAGCUAGACAAGCAAACCCGGUGGUGAACAAGAUUGGCAAGAGAGCCCUUUUAAUGAACCCCAAGAAGAUGAAUUUGAAAGUCAUGAUGCAAAAAUCUACAAACAAGUUACUCUUUGCUCAAGCACACGGGAAUUUCGUAAGUUUCCUAUUUGGCUUGCUCUCCAUUCCUCUAGGGAGAGUGGAGUGGUAUUUGCACAGCAGCACCGGCGUUACAGCUACGGAUAAUCUACACUCGAGCAUAAUGGAUAGCUUGUACGGCUACGAUGUGAUGACUGCUGAGGCAAAGGAUUUGCUAUUCAAACCUCCCUUGUUUGAUGAUGCUUCUUGUAAUGAGAUAGAUGCUCAGUUUGGCUGUUGUAAUGACUAUCUUGCUCUCACUUUCGACCGGAGCAAGAGCAGGUGCCAUGUUAGGGGACCAGGAAUGUAUAUGGUUAGUGAUGACCUAAGGGUUACACCGUUGAGUGUGAGCGCCGGUGUUUCCGUAAUUAACGAGAUGAAGGUCGAUUUGUCGGAUGUGGAAGAAGUGGAGCUCCAAGUCGGGUUGGAAGAGGGCUUACGCAUACUGAAAGCGGCUCUUACAUCAAGCAUGGCUUUGACGGAUGGCUUAAUCAAGCCGAUGUUGAAGAACAAGAAUCAACCAAAGCAAGAAAAUAUAAUAGAUUGAUCUCUAUACUACAAUAAUCUCUAUUUACCUAUUUUGAUGCUUAGGUUUUUAGUGGCAUUUUGUGACAUGGCGUAAUCCUACUACAAAGUUAUAAAUCAAA